AUGAACGUCCUUACCUCGCUGGCGGCGCCGGCGUCGAGCUUCCAGAUUGGCAUUCGGGCCAUCUGCAGGCAAUCCACGGCGGCCGCCAUCAGACAGCUAUCAACGACGUCGCGUGUCAAAUCGCAGUCAUGCCACACUUGCAGCAUAGGCCUCGGCCGCCCGUCGAUGCUGCUGCGACAGUCUCGGCAAUCAAAGCAUGAUCAAUUCCUCCCCCGGACCGUGGCCCGAACCAUAUUCACGUUCCGCGCCAUAGUACACUACAGUCAGCUACCCGACAGCUACGAAGAUGCAAAAGGGCUACCCUUUCGCAAGGAGCCAUUGAAUGGGACAGAGGUUAAACAGAUAUUCGGGUCCAAAAUUACCCCGACGAGCGCAAAUCAACUGCUCAAGAUUAUACACGGACGCAGAGUGGCGGGAACGUUGGACGAUCCGGACCUGCAACAGAACACUGCCGACUACCUUGCGGACGAGAAGAUCAAGGCGCUUGAAUAUCUGCGCAAGCAUAUUCCGGUAGACGAGGUGAUCAAUGCUGGUCUACGAGCCGAAGACGAGUUGCGACUUCUCGAAGAGCAAGUAGCCGUCGAACAGACUCAGGAGCAGCACGAAGAGACAAGUGUACAAAAAUCCCGAGCCACCUCAGCCGAGGUGCAAGACACUACAGAAGAGCCCCAACUGCCGACGGGCCGUCUACCACGGAAGGAGGCCGAUGGCUCGCUGUAUGGAGAGACCAUGUUUGACCGGAUUCGCAAGCGCAAUAUUGCCAAAAGAGAAGAGGAAGAGAGACUUGCGGAGGAGGAGCGACUCAAGCGUGAAGAAGAAGAGGCCCUGGGUAACAUUGGUGGUCUACAAACGGAGACAGCGGCACCAAAAGCUAUGAGCCCCUGGAGGCAAAAGCACGCAGAGCGAGCCACUUCGGACCUUCAAGCGCCGCCCGAGAUGAAGGCCUGGGAGCGUCUGCUACCCGCUACCACGUUUACACUGCUGGUCCUCGGCGCAUGUCUCGUGCUGGCUGCCUACUACACGCCGCCCAAGCGGGAUCGUAGAGUGUGGCCCGACAUACCACCGGCUGCCGCGACCUGUAUUGGACUGAUGCUCAUCAACAUUGGAAUUUUUGCCCUUUGGAAGUUCCCGCCCGCAUGGUCUAUACUGAACAGAUACAUGCUGGUAAUCCCCGCGACUCCCCGACCUCUGCAGCUCCUCGGCGCCAUCUUCUCCCAUCACAGCUGGGGCCACAUGGCUGGCAACAUGCUUGCGCUCUGGUUCUUUGGUAUUCGUCUUCAUGACGAGAUUGGUCGGGGCAACUUCUUGGCCAUUUAUUUUGCAUCGGGCACUCUUGGAUUUUUGGCAAGCAUGUUCAAUCUCGUGCUGUUCCGCGGAAUUCAGUUCACCACGCUCGGCGCAUCAGGAGCCAUCUACGGUAUCAUAACAGCAUUCUUCUGGAUGCACAGAAAGGAGGAGUUUAAGCUCAUGGGACUGCCGCCGGAUCCCUACUCGGGACCUUCUGGUGCGGUGUUCCUCGGUCUCAUCGUUGGUCUGCAUGUCUGGGCAGGUCUGUUCUCCAUCUCGAGAGCGGCCAUGAACCUCGACGUUGCUUCGCACUUUGGCGGUAUUGCUGCCGGAUUAUUGGGCAUUGAGCUCGUACAGAAGCACAUGACGGACCGCGCAAAGGCUGCGGCGGAAAGGGAAAAGGAGCAGUCCAAGACGAUAGAUGUUAUGGGCAAAUUGGUGGAGCAAAAGCCCAGCAGUGAAAAGUAA